AUGAAGACUCUUUUUGGACGAUGUGAAUCAUCUAAAGAGAUAUCACUUUCCAAAGCUACCAAAAUUCUCUCAAAAUUUGUCUCUGCUGACAAUGGUGCUUCGCAAGUUAUCAAUGCCUAUCUCCAUCGAGCUUCAGAUGCUUUCAAUGAGCUCAACCAGCUUCAUAGGGAGCUUAAACCCUCGCAGUCUUAUAGGAAGAAAAGCCGAAGCCACGUGACAGAUGAUAGUGGAAGAGUAGGUGUAAGUUCUGUUACAAGUGCUGAUGUGAAAUCUGAAAUCGGGAUUAUAAGGGAAAAGGUUUGUGGUGAGAAUGUUGAUGAAAAGUUGAUUGAGGAUGAUGUUAAAUUGGGUCUAGAAACUAAUGGUUCUGUUGUAGAUGGAAGUGAGAAGCGUAGUAAGAAAGAUAAAAAGAAGAAGAAUGAAUUUGGAAAUAAGAAAGGUGAUGGAAAACUACCGAAAAUGGGGCAAAAUGAAAAUGAAUCAGGUCAAGGCGAUGAAGAAAUGGAGGACGGAAAGAAACAGAAAAAGGACAAGAAGAAGAAGGACAAGAAUUUAGAACAUGAGAGUGUGAAAGGAAGAGAGCAACAAAAAGAGAUAGACACAAAGAUAAGUAACAAUGGAGAAGUAGCUGCUAUGGUGAAAAAUGAAAUUGAAUUAAGUAAGGGUGGUGAAGGAGGAACAGAGGAGGGAAAGAUAAAUAAAGGAGAAGAAGAAGAAGGAGGAGAAGAAUCUAGAUGGUGA